AUUGGUGCGAGCAGUGUUGUCGUUACAAUGAAGCCAAGCGGUACGUUGAAUACGAAACUCUGCCCAGGCUCCUUACCCUUCAGCUCAAGCGCUUCUCCUCUUGCAAUUCGGGAGUAGAAAAAGUGAACGAAUAUAUGCCAACGCCUUUUACCCUGGAUUGUUUCUGCAAGGACUGCUCCCGAGGGUCAUGCAGUGAUUCGUCCAAGCAGCGACACUAUUACCAAUUAUAUGGAGUUAUUAUGCACCUGGGUGCAACCAUUGCAUCAGGUCACUACGUCGCGUAUGUACGAGCCCUUGAUACGGCGGACUGUCACGCCCAUGUCAAUUGCCGCCAUGCUCGCAAGACAGCUUCUCUUACAUCUGCACCCGUCCCUCUAUCCCACCCUCACCCGCUCACAACGGAGAAGCAGUCAGGGCUCAUGCGAUUCUUCAAACGCUCCACCCACCAAACGCAAAGUAUGCUCCUAAACGACACUAAAUUGUCUCCAUUCACAUGUCGCAGUUUGGAUUGUUGCGGGAUUCGGGUGCGAAAUGAUUCGACAGUGAAUAGUGUUGCCCAUGAAUCCCUAUGGCUAGAGUGUGAUGACGACACGAUUCGGACAUUGUCGGAGAAGGACUUCCGGGAGAUUUUAGAAAUGAAGUCAUCAAAAAAUUUGGCUUCGACCCCUUAUUUGUUGUUCUAUGUUCGCAUGAAUAAUGAUUAAGGCUUAGUUUGCGUUUCGCUACAUUCCACCUAGAUCAAAGGACACUCUGUCGCAAAAAAGAGAGUUUUCAAUAAUUGAUACUUGAAAAAAAAAACUGUGAAUUUAUAUCAGGUCAGGUAUAUUUUACAUACUGAUUCCUCUCAUGGAGAGUCGGAUUUUUGCCAUGUGCUUGAUUGAAUCGUUCCGAGUCAGAGGUUGCUACUGUACCUAUAUAGAUAGUUAAGGACUCAUUUAGGCAAAACUGAAUUAUCUGUAUCAAGAUUUAAAUGGUCAUUUCCAAGUAGUUAGUUCAAAAAUUAGAAAUAUUUUCACAGCCCUUAGAAUAAGAGACAUUGGUUGUAGCAUAAUUUUGUACAGUUGAAAGGACACAUUGAAAUGUUUAUAAUUUCCUUUUGCCCAACGCUGUUCAUUUUCAUUUAAAGAUUUGUGUUGGCUGGAAAAUUGUAGGCAUUAAAAGUGUCAGCUAAGAAAACGUCUUAUCUCAUGAAUUAAUGCUUAAAAAAACAAAGGCACUUGCACGCUGUUCUAAGCUGCUUCGAAAGUUUCGGGAAGUCUAACCUUCACCAGACUGCUUGAUGUAUAAAAAACUAUUUUGAAAGAAACGCACACAUUGCAACCGUUCUUGUUUUAGUUCCAUUCUGCGAAAUGAUUACUCUUUGAUUACGGCAGGGCCUCAUCAAUGGGAAAAGUUUCCAGCUGAAAAAUUGAAUCUGCUUGAUGCAGAAAUUUGUUUUUUUUUAGUUCAGGUUGUUCAGUUUAACUAUCAAGUGGUCGUAAGAAGCUUGCUACACUAAAUAUUAUUCAUCUUCUUCAAUGAGGGGGUUUGCUCCAAUAAUCAUCCUAAUGGACUUGUAAAAUACAUAGGAAUGAAGUCUGUGAAAAUUUUCUAAAAUUCUUCUUCCUUACAACAGUUUUUUAUGUUUCAAGGUUUUCUAUCGGUGGAAAUAGACGGUAUAGGAAUAAUGAUAAACUAUGUCAGUUUAUACAUUUUCUAAAAAUGAUAAAAUAGAAAACAAUUCUGUGGAAAUUUACCUUUUCUUCAUGAAGUAGUCCCUUCCAUACUGUGCAAAAUUAUUUGAUCCAUUUUUAGUAUCAUGAUAAAAUGAAAUUGUGUUCUCGUCUCAGCGUAAGCUAAGAGGGAUUUGUUUUCAAUUAAAGCAAAAUUAUUCUUUGUGCCAAGCUCUCCUAUUCAAGCCAUUAAAAAAUAAGAAUGACAAAGAUGCUAAGAAA